AUGGCGAAUCGUUCAGAGUCUGAAGAAAAAAAUCGCAAUAUUUUUCGUCGUCUUGGUUCUUCCGUUUUGGAUAUAACCGCAACUACACAGUCCCCUGAACAUGAUCCACAAUUAUUUCGUGCAGCAUUUAUUCAUUCAGCAGCUAUUAUAUUUGUUUUCGUAGGCGGUGCAUGUGGUCUACUUGCCUAUCGAGUAUUAGAACCAUUUCUUCGUAGUAUAUUAUGGUCAAUAUUAGCCGGUGCAUUUUUGUUUCCAUUUAAAAAUCAUUUAACAUUAACAGCUCGACAUUAUUUACAUCAAUUGGAUACAGAUUCGCAUGUAUUAUUUUAUGGUUUGGUUGUAUUAUUACCAUUACGAACAAUCGAUAGAACAAUUGAAUCAAUUUUUCCAUAUAGUAAAAAAAAAUGGAGAGAAUUAUUAAUUAUUUUCAUAUUUUUAAUAUCGAUUAAAUUGGUUCAAACCGGUUUUGUUUAUCAUUGGAUAUUUAUCAUCGGGUAUGGUUUUAUUGAGAAACUUAGUUGUAUUGUUCAUCUAUGCGAUUCAUUAUGGGUGACAGCAGUACUUUUCGGUUAUUUAAUUUCUGUUCUAACUAUGUAUGAGAAUUCACCGGUGAUAAGAUUUUUAUUAAAUCUCUUGGCAAUACCAGUUUGGUUUAUUCUAUUACUUUAUCUUUCACAAUUUCUUCCAGUUAAUUAUCGAUUGAUUGUAGUUAUUCUAUCGAUUAUAUUAACAGUGGUUGGUUUUGUUGUAGAUUUUCGAGAGCGAACUAAACAAAAUAUUGUUCAAUCGGAAUCUACGAAUGACAAUGAAGGUCGUAAAUCAAUCUUCACUUAUUUCAUAAACAUAUUCUAUGGAGUACGAACAUCUAAUCAUGUUACACAAGAACAAUCUUCAGUAACUGAUACGUCAAAUUCUUCAGCGUCUUCUACACCUUAUUUUAAAUUUAUAUUUUGGUCUUUAGUAGCCAUUAAAUUCUAUGAAGGGCAUUGGUUUCUUGUACGAAUAUUAAUUUUUGUUAGUAUUUAUACAACAAUUAAAAAAUUACUCAUUAUAACAUACAUUUAUUUAACAAGACAAGAAAGUGUUCAAUGUUUAAUUCAACGAAUCAUCGAAUUCUUACAAGUUCGACGUGAUGUUUUAACUCCAUCACCUUUAAAUGGUCUUCUUCGUUUUUUUAUCAAAGGAGAUAAAAAAAUUAAUCAUGGCCUACAAGCAUCUAUCGAUUAUCUAGUUAGCGCAUGUAUGAUUGUUACAUUAUUGAUAACCGUUCUUUUUGGAACAAUACUUCUUGUCAUACAGAUUCAUCACGAAAGUAUACAUAUGAUUCAAUUGACAAGUAAUCUUAUUAAUGAAACACUGGUACUUCAACCAUCAUUUCAACAUUUGUUACCUGAUAAAGAACAUAUGAGUCAACUAAUGGAUUCAGCUGUGAAUAAUUUUUAUUUUGUUGGUAGAACUUGGAUUGGAACGCAGAUAAAUGCAUUAAGUCAAGAUAGUUCAUCGAAUACAAAAUUAGAAAAAGAUGUAUUACAAUUAUGGGAUCAUUUCUAUGAAUAUAUGUCGAAUACAUCGAUAUUAUUAUUACCCGAUGAAAAUCAUAGUACAGCAAUUUAUUCGCCGAUCAAUCAUACAUUGAUCAUGCCGAAUCUUUACUUCCAUUUUAGUGAUUUAUAUCAUUUAAUUCAUAAUAAUUUAGAUUUUGUACAUAGUGUUCUUGAUUCAAUUUGGAAGAAUACGACACUUCUAUUAACAUUAUUAUCAACAAUUAUUUCUCUACUGUUCACUGGGGGUUUUGCUUUGUUUAAUUUUCUUGUUUCGUUUAUUGUUUUUGUUACUUUACUUUUCUAUUUGUUAUCACACUCGGAUCAGCCUAUCUAUCGACCUACUGAAUGGUUAAAUAAUACAUUAGCUGUCGGUGGAAAAGGUUUAGGUAAAGCAGUGAACGAUGCAGUUACGAGUGUUUUUGUUGCAUCAUUAAAAAUUGCUGCUUUCUAUGGUCUUUAUACGUAUGUAUUACAUACAGUAGUUGGUUCAAAUCUUGUAUUUUUACCAGCUGUUAUUGCAUCGAUAUGUGCUGUUACUUUAAAAUCUUAUUGGGCAGCAUUACCUGGCUGCCUUGAUCUAUGGCUUGUACAACAACGACCUUUGGGUGCUUUUAUUUUAUUACUUGGUCAAAUCGCACCAGUUUAUGUUGUUGACACAGCUAUUUAUAGUGAAGUAAAAGGAGGUGGACAUCAGUAUUUAACAGCUUUGGCUAUCGCUGGAGGUGUUUAUUAUCGUGGGAUCGAAGGAGCUUUAAUAGGUCCGAUUGUGUUAUGUUGUUUAUUGGUUGGUGCACGAUUAUAUAAUGAAACCAUGGCGACGACACUGUCUCCAAAUCAUGAACAGGAGUCACCAAAAUCUUCAUCAAAUCCUACAGUGCAACCUGUAGUUCCUUCACAUAGUGUACAAAGCACUAUGAUAGAUUAA